AUGGCGGAAGAUAUGCCAUCGGUCCGCGAUCCGGAAAUCAUUUACCUGGACCGAAUCUGUCGAACAUGUCUGGUGGAAAAGGAGAAAGACCAGCUGAAAGACCUUUUUGAGUACUGUCUUGCCGAGACCAUCAUGAGCUGCUCGGGUGUUUCGAUUACCGAAUCCGAUGGACUGCCGUGUCACAUCUGUCUCGAUUGCUGCACGGAGAUGGAGCGGUGCUGCAAUUUCCGCCAAAUGAGCGAACAGUCGGACGCCACGAUACGCUCACUGAUUGAAAAAUCCGUCGUCAUCAAACAGGACAGUGAAACCAAGUACGAGGUGCUGAACGUUGUCCUGACCGAUUCCAAUGGCAACACCGAAACCUCGGCGGUCGUUGUCCCGAUCGAAGAGUUUCGUUUUCAGCUGAUGAACACUCACGCUGCCGCCUUGCCGGAGCAACGCGAAGAAUCGGCCGUCGGCGGUGUUCCUGAACCACAUCCGUUGCCAGCGGUCCCGAAGCCGGUAGCCAUCAUUACACCGCCGACCGUGGCAAAAGAGCCGGAGGAGGAAUAUGCCGUCACCGUUAAUCCCAGUGAACUACUGAACGAACCAGCUCAAUCGCCGCCAGCUGAGAUGAUACAACACGUAACUGGUGGCGUAGCAACGGAAGUUGAUUUAAAAGAAUCCAUCAUCCUGCGCAACCUCAAGCGCGAACUGUCCGAGUUCAUCGGCAGUAGCUGCAAUGCCAUGUCGAAAGAAGCCGAAAUUGUCGAUGAUAAUGAGGAUGACGAAAUGAUCCACGUAAACUACUUGAAAGACGCCCUCACGGAGGAGUACAUUCAAAUAAUGGAACACCAACUGGCAUCGUCAGUGUCGGCCAGUGGCGCACCGCCGCGUGUGACAGUACACCCCGGAACCGCACAGGAACAGUUGGAACAGGAGCAUCUUAACAAUCUGAUCAACGCGUCGAUGGAAGCGGAAGAACCUAGAUCCGCGGCGGACAGUGGCAAGACGGAGCCCAACGAGGACACGCGGUACUGCAAACUGUGCGACAUGCAAUUCACCGAGCGCCGGCUCUACCGGAAGCACGUGCGAAGAAAGCACUCCGAGAAACGGUUCGAAUGCAGCAGCUGUCCGCGGAAGUUUGCCGAAAAGUCGUUACUCAGCCAGCACCUUCUGCGGCACACGGGCGAAAAGGCGCACGGCUGUAAGGUGUGCGACGCGCGCUUCUACGACAAGCCGAUGCUCAACCUGCACAUGCGGAGCCACUCCGGGGUGCGGCCAUACGCGUGUGAGUUGUGCGAUAAGCGGUUCGCGACUCGGAGCAGCCUAACGACGCACCUGAAGGUGCACGGGGAACCGCGACCGCACGUUUGCGCCGUGUGCCAGAAGGGCUUCAAACUGUCCUGGCAGCUGAAGGCACACUCGCGCAUCCACACGAACGAGAAACCGUUCGAGUGUCCCCACUGUCAGAAGCGGUUCAACCAGAACGGUAACCUUAUCGUCCACAUACGCACGCACUCCGGCGAACGGCCGUACCAGUGCAGGCACUGCGACAAGGCUUACCCCAGCCAAAGCGAACUGACCGGCCACAUGCGGCAGCACACGGGCGAGAAGAAGGAGAAAAAGUUCCCCUGUUCCGUCUGCAGCAUGGUGUGCGCCGCCAACUGUGAUCUGGUGGUUCACAUGCGAACGCACACCAAAGAGCGGCCGUUCGAUUGCGUCGUCUGUGGCAAACGGUUCAUGCUGCACGUCCACCUGACCGUCCACAUGCGGUCCCACACGGGCGAGAAACCGUUCGCUUGUACCGUGUGCGAGAAAGCUUUCGCCACCAGUUAUCAACUGAAAACACACAACUACAUCCACACGGGCGAGAAGAACUACGCCUGCGAUGUGUGCAACCGGAAGUUCAGCAAUGCGGCCAACCGGAACACUCACCGCAAGACGCACGAUCGGAAAAUUUCCUGACAAAAGUACAUGUUCGUAGGCUAAGAAGGCUAACGCUUGAACCCUGACGAACGACGUUACCAUGGUAACCGAUAUGAAGCCACAGAAGAAGACGUGAGGAGGGUGUGAAAAUAGAGAUGCGUUUUCUUUAUUGAAAGUAAAUCAAGACAAUGAAUGUGCCGGCCACAUGGCGCUGGCUUGGUCUGCUCUGCUGCGUUGUCCCUCGGACACAAAAACGGGUUGCGCUCUGUUGCGGGCACGCUGGCCUCUUCACUAACUGACUAAUGUUACAUGUGUCUCCUCCUCUU